CACAGAAAGAGAGACAGAGACAGAGAGACAGAGCCCCACAGUGAGAGGGAGGAAGGAAGGAAGGAAGGCAACAGUCGCCGGCAGCCAAUGUGAAGACAGGACUCCGUGCGCCCCUCGCCGCCUCUGCCCGGCCACAUCGAUGUUGUGUCCGCAGCCCGCUCGCCCGGAUCACGAUGAACGCGCAGCUGACCAUGGAGGCGAUCGGCGAGCUGCACGGGGUGAGCCAUGAGCCGGUGCCUGCCCCUGCCGACCUGCUGGGCGGCAGCCCCCACGCGCGCAGUUCCGUGGCGCACCGCGGCAGCCACCUGCCCCCGGCGCACCCGCGCUCCAUGGGCAUGGCGUCCCUGCUGGACGGCGGCAGCGGCGGCGGCGAUUACCACCACCACCACCGAGCCCCCGAGCACAGCCUGGCCGGCCCCCUGCACCCCACUAUGACCAUGGCCUGCGAGACUCCCCCAGGUAUGAGCAUGCCCACCACCUACACCACCUUAACCCCUCUGCAGCCGCUGCCGCCCAUCUCCACAGUCUCGGACAAGUUUCCCCACCAUCACCACCACCACCAUCACCACCACCACCCGCACCACCACCAGCGCCUGGCAGGCAACGUGAGCGGUAGCUUCACGCUCAUGCGGGAUGAGCGCGGGCUGGCCUCCAUGAAUAACCUCUAUACCCCCUACCACAAGGACGUAGCCGGCAUGGGCCAGAGCCUCUCGCCCCUCUCCAGCUCCGGUCUGGGCAGCAUCCACAACUCCCAGCAAGGGCUCCCCCACUAUGCCCACCCGGGUGCCGCCAUGCCCACCGACAAGAUGCUCACCCCCAACGGCUUUGAAGCCCACCACCCGGCCAUGCUCAGCCGCCACGGGGAACAGCACCUCACGCCCACUUCGGCCGGCAUGGUGCCCAUUAACGGCCUUCCUCCACACCACCCCCAUGCCCACCUGAACGCUCAGGGCCACGGGCAGCUCCUGAGCACAGCCCGGGAGCCCAACCCUUCGGUGACCGGCGCGCAGGUCAGCAAUGGAAGUAAUUCAGGGCAGAUGGAAGAGAUCAAUACCAAAGAGGUGGCGCAGCGUAUCACCACCGAGCUCAAACGCUACAGCAUCCCACAGGCCAUCUUCGCGCAGAGGGUGCUCUGCCGCUCCCAGGGGACCCUCUCGGACCUGCUGCGCAACCCCAAACCCUGGAGCAAACUCAAAUCUGGCCGGGAAACCUUCCGGAGGAUGUGGAAGUGGCUGCAGGAGCCGGAGUUCCAGCGCAUGUCAGCGCUCCGCUUAGCAGACUUUUUUCCUGAACCGUUUGAAGCAUGCAAAAGGAAAGAGCAAGAACAUGGGAAGGAUAGAGGCAACACACCCAAAAAGCCCAGGUUGGUCUUCACAGAUGUCCAGCGUCGAACUCUACAUGCAAUAUUCAAGGAAAAUAAGCGCCCGUCCAAAGAAUUGCAAAUUACCAUUUCCCAGCAGCUGGGGUUGGAGCUGAGCACCGUCAGCAACUUCUUCAUGAACGCAAGGAGGAGGAGUCUGGACAAGUGGCAGGACGAGGGCAGCUCCAAUUCAGGCAACUCAUCUUCUUCAUCAAGCACUUGUACCAAAGCAUGAAGGAAGAACCACGAACUAAAACCUCGGUGGAAAAGCUUUAAAUAAAAAAGAAAAAAAUUUUUAAAAGACCGGGACCUCAAAAUAGCAGGUUUAUUCUUAGAAAUAUUUGAAGAAAAAAAGUGUUAUUUAUAGUCCAAAGAAACCAAAGACUUAGCUCACCUGCAUUCUGACUUUGUUUGGAGACACACACUUCAGCGGGGCAACGACUUGGCAAGAAAAAUGUUGAGCGGGAAACACCACUGGAUCUCACACCUUCAAUCUGUGAUCAUUGUCGCUGUGCUUGGCUGUUCAGUGGUUUGAAGCAUAGUGAUUUUGAGCCACUGAGUGGACAUCUUUUAAGAUCGGACUUUCUCAUCUGUUCUACCACGCCAUGAAGGUGUAUGUAGUCUCAGUACUGUGCGUGGGUACACACACGUGUGCACACACACACACACACACACACACACACACCACCAGUGGUUAGAGACUUAGGCAGGGCUGGUCUUCAGGAAGAGUUGUGCUGUGGGAGUGCGACCAACGUGGUAUGGGGUUGUCUGAGUUCAUGGGAUUAGGAGUGUGAUUUCGCUCGUCCAGCCUAACGUUUGAACCUGCCAGGCCCGCAACCUAAAUGCAGAUUCAAACCCAGCAAAGAAAAUUUGAAUGACACCUAAACCAGUGCAUUCUCUUUGUUUGUUAAGGAAUGUUCAGAUAUUUUUUAAGAAAUGAAACAAGAGUCCAUCCAUUAAAAAAAAAAAAAAUCACCUAGGUACCAAAGAACACACUUAAUAUUAUAGUGCAGGUAUUUUAUUGCAAUGAUUUUAAUAACCAAAGCUAUUUUUACACAAGAUACUAUGUAAAGUUAUAACGUAUGAACUGAUCUAGCUAUAAUACACAUGCCACGUAGAAUCAUGACUAUUAUUUAUGACUCUUGAAGCAUUUGAAAUAUGAGUUUUCAGAACUGGGCAAGAAAGAAUGUAGCUUCAGGGAAGCAAUUAAUAUCACGGCAGAGAGGUCGAUGCAGUACACAUGUACAUCCAGACAGCACACUCCUUUCCAGGAUCCAUAAACGCCACUUAAGUAGAGAGAUAGACAGGAUUUCAUAAUCUGUUCCUAGCUGAGAAAACCCAGGGAUCCUUCCAGAGUAGGACCCCAUUUGUACACUAGAAAACUAAGUUUAACAGGGUAGGUAACUAAAUUAAAAAAAUCUGUUCAACGUAAUGGUUUUUGGUAAGAGACUACUAAAUAAAGAACUCUAUACUUAGGUUAAUUUGACUUAAAUUUGCUUUAUGUAUUUGGCACCAAAUACCUUUUUAAAAUACA